CUUCGCCAUGGAUUCCCGCGAACCGCACCUUCCCCUGCAACUUCGACGAAGCUUGGCCUCUCUCUUUCUCUCUCGUCAGAGGAGAAACCUUCCAUGAAAAACUUAAAUGAGCAUCCGACGACGCCAACCAUCUUUCACAUGAGGAAUCCGCCUCUCUUACCUGUUCCUGCGUUGUCAUCUUCGAUGCUUUCGUCCCCACCUUCCUUCCUUCCUUCCUUCCUUCCUUCCUCCUUUCCUCAGUUCCUAUAUAAUGAGCAUUCCCCCCCCGUCCAUACCCAGAUCACACCCAGGGCAUCUGCAUACACACGCACGCAUCAGCUUUUUCACGAACGUGACUGCGCGCAGCAGGUUUUCUUUCUCUCUUCUUCUCAAUACUAACGACAGAGCGAUGGCGACGCGAGGCGGGGCCGUGGUGGCGUUUGAAGACUUCUUCCCCGUGAUGGUCGAGAGGCUCGGGGCGCGCGGGUUCAUGGAGGAGCUGAGCAAAGGGUUCCGCCUCCUGAUGGACAAGGAGAAGGGCGUGAUCACCCUGGAUAGCCUGAGGCGGAACGCGGCCCUCAUGGGGCUGAGCGGCAUGAGCGACGACGACGUCCGGUCGAUGCUGCAGGAAGGCGACCUCGACGGGGACGGGACGCUGGACGAGAAGGAGUUCUGCGUGCUCAUGUUCAGAUUGAGCCCCGGGUUGAUGAAGGGCUCCAAGGAUAUGCUGGAGGAAGCCAUUGAUUCUUGAACUUUUUCCAUUGCCUCGUAGCUACUGAUCUACCAUUUCCUCCUUUUAAUACAUAAAAUUUGCGGAUGCUACCUCCCGAAA